UUCGCGUCUGUCUUCCUCUCCCCCACCCCCUCCGCUUCCCUUGCUGUCUUUCUAUUCUCUCUCUCUCUCUCUCUCUCUCUCUGACUCUCAGUCCGUCUGUCUGUCUCUCUCUCUCUCUCUCUUGUCCCAAGCUCCUACUAUUGAUGCUGGCAUUGACAUGAAAUUCAGGCCAAAACUGCAUUAAUGAUUAUUGUCCAAAGUGGUGUUUAAGAGGAAAAUAAAAACAUCCAAUAGAAAUUUUCUAAAGUUAAACUCGUCGUCAAGGCUUAGAGCUCUGGAUAAACCCAAAGGAAGUCUUGCGUAAUGGAGUUUAAAGAAUCUUCAAUUGUGUUCUAACACGGAAGUACUUCUUAGAAUUUCCAAACAUUCCAACUGCAGCACUUCCUCUCACUUUAAACGGAUUGUCAAGGCAGGGCUACAAGGGAGAUAAUUCUAACUGGAGAUCUCGUAGAAUCUCGCAUGUGGUGGAACAAGAGAAGUAACUCUAAUCAGUCACACCAGACGGCAUUCUUUUUUCUUUCUUAGGAAUUUUUCUUACUUGACGUAACGAAGGAUAUUUUUAGAAGUCUUCAAACUGUAAUAAAUCUCUUGAUUUGAUCGCAUGAAGAGUUAUUUGGUUUCAUAGAGACGAGCAGACGUAAUACCAGAGACACGACUCCUCAGUUUUGUAACGUCAUUUUUCUUCCCUUUUUUCUUCUUCUUCUCCGCAUUGUAGUGUCAAGAGGAAUAGCCCCAGCCAUAGAUCACAGAGAAUCUGUUCUUAGGGUCCACCGUUGCUAAGUGAAACAAAUUCUCGCGCCAAAUAUUGAGCAUUGGCCAUAUUGAUCAAGGGGAGAUAUUCGUCUCCAGUCUGGCAAUUGAAAAGAGAAACGUUUUGACCUCUGUGACCUGGAUACUAAAAAUACAUGUCUAAUAUAAAAUAAGUGGAGAUAAUUAAUAAGAGUGUCUAAUAUUUACUCUAUAAGGCCGAAGUGUUAUAUCAAUGUGUCUCUGAGGAUUUGGUUAGUCAGAGGAGAAGCUUUUUCUAGCACAUUUGGGCUAAAAUCAUCAGAGAAUUACAAAUCUUAGAUAUCUCAAAUUUGUGCAGAAAUAGACUUUCAAAAGGGUGAUUCAUUGGAUAUUCCUACAUCUUUGUAUACAAGUGGUGAUAAGCCGUUAGGCUGCGAAAGGGGCGCGCACUCCAUGUUGCCCUCAGGGCGACUCUUGUUCAUGGAGAUGGGCAAUGCCUUCGUAAACAUCUUCAUCUGCUUCGCUGUCGCGCUUGCUUACACACAGAACAUCCCCAUCGGUAUUAUAGUGGACUCUUCGGAGACUGAGAUCAUAGCCGUCUUGAAGCGUCUUCUGGACAUACACAACAGUAAAGAUGGGGGCACCAACAGGGUGGUUCUGACGGCCUCCUGGUACAGCGCAGACAUCGACAACAACUGUGACCUCAUCAAAGCAAUUUGCCGUCGCCUGGAGACUGGGGUCUUCCUCUUGCUAGGCUCCUCCUCAUCACGCUCCUACAACAUCAUCCAGUCGUACAGCCACGCCCUGCACGUGCCCUACGUGGUCUACUCGCCCACCACCAACCACGAGUCUGACGGGUACGACUACGACGUCACGGUCAGCCCCAGCUACGUCAGGGCCGUGGUCGACGUCAUCAAGUUUUUCAACUGGGAGAAGGUCUACUACGUCUUUGACUCGGACAAUGCCUUGUGGGAGCUUCAGAGACUUCAUGAUGCCUUCAGCCCAAAGGGCGGAGUCAUCUUCGAUGGCCGCCGCGUGCGGAACGUGACGUCAUCGCACGACUUUCUCCGCCAGCUGGACCGGUUCUCCACAUCCUCAAGCGUUAAGAGAAUAGUCCUCAAUCUGUCCAGUCGGGAAGCCUACCAGAGGAUUCUCAAUCAGAUUGUUGAUGUUGGGAUGAACAGAGACAACUACCAUUAUCUACUUGCCGGGCCUUAUGUCGACUCACUGGAUCUUCACUCUUUCCUCUACGGAGGUGUGAACGUUACCGGCUUCCGGCUUCCUAUCGAUCCGGCGGAAGUGACGACAUUCAUGCCACGAGCGACAACUCCAGCUUCCGGGCCCCCUACUGCCGCACCUAAGAUUUCCAUAGACGCUGCUCUAGCUGGCGACGCCUUCCGCCUGGUACAGAAGGCACUUCAAGACCUUCUAGAGUCGAAUGCUUCGAGACACAUCUUUAAGACAUUUAGGCAUUCUGAACUUUAUAAUAACGGUACUAAAGGUAUCCAGUGUUGGAGAGACCCGCCAGUACCCUGGAUGCACGGCCCCGCCAUUAGGGACGCCUUACUGAAAGCAAAGGUAAAAGGAAUGACCGGCCCAAUCGUUGUUGACCAGCACGGGGUCAGGGUUAACACCAAACUGGACAUCAUGCACCUGGAGUACCGUACGACCCUCCGCUCUAUCGGCACGUGGGAACAUGGUGUUGGGGUGAGAACCAACCGGACCAGGCCUGCACCUACCAGCGUCUUUCUUGACGUUAACAGGACCAGAAUAGUGACCACGAUAUUGGAAAAUCCCUUUGUGAUGAGAAAGUGUCCGCCAGAUGGCACUCCCUGCUCUGGCAAUGAACAGUUUGAAGGCUACUGUGUGGACCUGCUAAAGAAAAUUUCCGUCCUGCUGAAGUUUGACUACGCCAUACGUCUGGUGGCUGACAGAAACUACGGAGCCAGAUCUGAGAACGGAAGCUGGAAUGGAAUGAUCGGCGAGCUCUUGACGGGGAAAGCAGACAUGGCGAUCGCUGCCCUGACUAUCACAGAAAUCCGUGAACGGUUUGUGGAUUUUUCCAAACCGUUUAUGAAUUUGGGCACUUCUAUCAUGAUAAAGAAACCAGACAAAGAAAAAGGCGGUGUCUUCUCUUUCAAGAACCCUUUAUCAGAUGGCGUAUGGGUCUCGAUACUUCUGGGAUUCAUAGGCGUAAGCACAGUUUUGUAUCUGGUGGGUAGAUUCAGCCCAUAUGAAUGGGACACCAGCCAACCAAGGAGACCCCCCGAAGAAGAGAAGAGGCCAGCAUUUAAUUUAGCAAACACCCUGUGGUUCAGCCUUGGCGCUCUCAUGCAGCAAGGUUCAGACAUAUACCCCAGAUCCAUCUCAGGGCGCAUUGUGGGGUCCGCAUGGUGGUUCUUCACCCUCAUUAUCAUAUCAUCUUACACAGCCAAUCUGGCCGCUUUUCUAACCAUUGAGAGAAUGGAGGUACCCAUCAAUUCCGCAGAUGACCUGGCCAAGCAGACGGACAUCAGAUACGGCAUAAUCAGCAAUGGGUCAACGGAGGAGUUUUUCAAAAAUUCCAAUGUUCCAGUCUACAGUAAAAUGUGGAGUUUCAUGAAAGACUCUGAGCCUUCAGUUUUUGUCUCUUCCACGAAUGAGGGAAUACAGAGAGUCAGAGACUCCAAGGGCAAGUACGCCUUCCUCCUGGACUCCACCUUCAACGAGUACCACAACCAGAGGAAGCCUUGCAACACCAUGAAGGUCGGCCGUGACCUGGAUGUCAAAGGUUAUGGGAUCGCCACACCGAGAGGUUCAGAUCUCAGAGCAGAGAUCAACAUUGUUGUCCUCCAGCUGAACGAAAUAGGAGAGCUCCUCAAACUCUACCAAAAGUGGUGGUAUGAUAAAGGACAAUGCGCCCCGGAUGCGGGCAAGGACAGUAGUACCACCAGUGCCCUGACCCUCAGCAAUGUCUCUGGAAUUUUCCACAUCCUAAUAGGAGGUCUGAUUCUGGCCAUGCUGACUGCCUUCUUCGAUUUCAUCAUCAAGACCAGGCUGAGGAGAACUAAAAAGAUAAAGGUUGUUUUGAAAACGUCCGGGAGUCAACAGGACACAAUCGAUUUCACCCAGUAUCGCUUACAACGAAGAUCGUCCGAUGAAAAUGGAGACUGUCGCUAUGCCACACUUGACAUGGCCCACGACCUGACCCAUGACGUCACGGUGGAGGUGGAGCACCGGAGGAGCAGACACCACGACGAGAUCUUGUGACCCACGUCCCGACGGGCGUCGAGGAGAAAAACAACUGGGGGGUGUACGCGUGGGGGAGCUGGUACCGCUGAGGGAGGGGCUUCACAAUGACGUGCUGUUGAUGUGUUAUCGAUAUUGGGUUUGUCCUAUAGUCGCAUUGAUGCCAUGUUUAUAUGAAUGUAUAUAUGAAAUUAUAUGAAAUUAUAUGUUAUAGUGUAAACUGAACAGAAUGCGUAAUGAACAUUGCCCCAGUACAUAAACGUAUUUCCAAUGUAAAGAUAUAUUUUCAACAAGGCAACUAUUAAUAAGACAAGUCCUCGAGUCCGAGGAUUGCUGUAUGGUCAGACACUCCGUGCUGUGAUAUACACAUUUGGUCAAACCCAGCAAAGACAUAACCGUUGUUUGAAAGAUGGUCAGUUCUCUUGUCCACGUCUACGUUUGUCCUCGGAAGUACAUUCUCUUUUGGUCUCAAAUGUCUACCUCGAGGCCUAUAUAAGAAAUAUAAGUUGUCUUGCUCGGAAGCCGCCGCCAAUGCAAGUAAAAAUUAACAAAAUGUUAUCCUUUUUUUUAAAUGUUAUGCAUGUAUAUGAAACACCUUUUCUAAACCCCGAACUGGCAUAGAUAAGUUUACUACACAUUAAAACUUUUUGAUAAUUGACACUCAUUUUUUCCAAGUAUUAAAAAAUACAAAUAUUGCAAUACAUCAUACCUUAUCUUCUGAACUUGUUGCUGUUGGCAACUAGAGUCAUUAUGUAUGAAUUAAGAUUGUUAUGAACAUUUUCUUCUUUAGGAUGUGUUAGAUGUUGUCUUUAAUAUUUUAGCUGUUUAUAACUUUAAAUAAAUGUAAACAAAAAGACCCCCCCCCCAAAAAAAAAGGUGAAAGAAACACCCAAAAAGAGGCAAGAAAAAAAAGGUUUAGGGCCCUAUGGGGGUUCUAUGAUGAAAACACUAAAUGAAUAUUACAAUAAAUAAGGUAAAGAAAACAAAACACAAGAGUUCCUAUUAUGAGAAAGUUAAAAUGAAAAGCACAAAUACUGAGGUCUCUUAUGUUUAAAAAAGCCUUAAAAGAGGCAAGAAUAUAUAUAUAUAUAUAUAAAAGUAAUAAAGAUUGAAACGAUCCAUACGACCUAUGUUACAUAUGAUGCAAAGCUUAUUUCAAAAAUCCAAAAUUAUAAACCCCAGCCUGCACUGGGAUCAAAUGAAAGACUCCGCCAUUUUGAAAGCCAAGCUCCCUACCUCAUCCCAAGAUAAUGUGAUCCAACACAAAUAGUCCCGUCUGUUUUAAUGGGGGAGGCUAGAGUUGGAAGAAAUAAAAAGAUUUAAUACUAGGAGCUGGUAGGUGGAAGUAAAACCUUAGAAACAUGUUCAAUGGAGUCUCAUAGACUUCGAUUGGCAACCGCAGUGUCAAGAAAGUUCAAGAAUUAUUUGUCAAGUAGAACGUAGGGGAAAAGCUGGCUUAGUUUAAGACUUUAAGUUAUACGACUGUCGACUUGGUGUUUCUUAACAUCUAAUAUAUAAAUGAGCCAAUCUAAGCCAAUAAUGAUCCAAUCCAAGCCAACAAUGAUCCAAUCUAAGCAUGUAAUUAACCAAUUUAAACCAAUAAUGAGCAAAUCUAAGCAUGUAAUUAACCAAUUUAAACCAAUAAUGAGCAAAUCUAAGCAUGUAAUUAACCAAUUUAAACCAAUAAUGCUCCUACCUAAGCAUGUAAUUAACCAAUCUAAACCAAUAAUGAGCAAAUCUAAGCAUGUAAUUAACCAAUUUAAACCAAUAAUGCUCCUACCUAAGCAUGUAAUUAACCAAUCUAAACCAAUAAAGAGCCAAUCCAAGCCAGUAAUAAUCCAAUCUAAGCCAAUAAUGCACCAAUCUAAAUUAAUUAUGAAUUAUACUAAAUAAAAAAGGCAUUCUUAUCAUAUAAUAGGUUUUUAUUAUCCCGUACUGAGCUAAUCAUCAGCGAUGACGUGACUAUACAUACAAUCUAGACAAUAAUGUUGCAAUUUAACCCAUUUAAUUUUUCAAUUGAAACGAUCUUCAAACAUUUGUAUACACACACACACAGAUAAACACGAAGAAACAAAUAAUAUGUGUAGUGGAUACAGACUUAAUGAAGUACAAAAACAAACAAGCACCAGUAUUUAAAUCUGUGUUCUACCCAAGCUGAUGAAUUGUUGUACUAUUUGAAUUAUAUGGCACCAUGAACAUGACUUUGAACUCCUUACUUGCUCGGAAAAAACAGCUUACCAAGUUUAAUUUUUUCUUUCUCUGAGUAUGUUUUAUAAGAAAUCUCUUUUUUUUUUAUGAACACUGCUGUAAGUGCUGCCCAAUCCAUUCGAUAUUACGCAGAAGGAAUCUUGGUAUGCAACAGAUGGGAUGUUUGUCUACGACUUUUUUCGACAACAACAACAAAUGUUAUAAUUUACAACAAUAAUUUUCGAAAAUGUUUCCGCUGAUUUUUAUAUCCUUAAUAUUUCUGAUCUCAAGGGUCUAUUAUAACUUCUAAAUAUAUUAUCUCGUCGAUUGUUAGAUUGAAAAGAAAAAAAAAUAUGUAAAAAAGUAAUGGUUGAAAGAUUGUUCCCUAUCUACAUAAUGCUAGAAUUUUAUCCUGUUUAUUUUUGAACGGAACAUGUGCUUUUGCCUCGUCACUAAAAGAUUUGUAAUAGAAUUAUUCUCUCGAUAGAAACGACAAACUGCCACGUAUACGGAUGAAUAUUUGAUAUACAUUUGAAAUAAAAUCACGAGCUUUGUCUAUCACCUCGGUGUUUUAAAAAAUGACGCUAUUUCAAGUUUGACGAAAACGGGAAUUUCCUAUUGUUGAAGGUGUUAAAGUGGAAAUUUUCUAUUGUUGAAAGUGUUAAAACGGGAAUUACCUAUAAUCGAACGUGUGGGGAACUAAAGAGAUAAGCUUGUAAUGGAAAGUUAAUACAUGCAUGAACUAUGAGAAAUAUGUUAUUACUAAACUAAUAUCAAAUCACUCUGUCUGUGGGUAAAAAAUGUGUACUUGUUAUAUCUCCCAAGUUAAGUUUUCACAAUUAUUCAUUGGCAUAGAAAAGACAUGAAUCAAUAAAAAAAAUUAACCAUUCAAUUAUUUACUGGGUUUUUUUUAAUACCAACAAAGGAAAGUAGUCCUUCAGUAAUCACAGAUAUAGAUAUAUGUAAGGCUCGGUCCCCUUAGAAUUUCUCCCACACCCAUUCUUGGGAAACUAUAAACUAUUUCUAUUGUACCUAAGAAAACUUGAAUAUAUUUUUUACAAAAUAAACAAUUGGUCAAUUAUUAAUUAAUUACUUGUAAAAAAAAUAUUGUGUUUGAUAUCAAAUGAAGGAAAUAACUUCUACAUUAUUUAGACAUGUUGUAAGUGCGCGAUUAGGUGAAUCUUUGCCUAUUUGCUUUUCAGAAAAAGUCUUUUUUUUAUAUUUUGCUUGUUAUUCGUUAUACUUGUGAGUUAUAUAAUAAUUAUGUUGAUAGCUCUCCAGUAUAUCAUGUUUGUGUUUGUGUUUGGUAUAAGAAAGAUAACCAUGUAACUGACCACUGAAGUAUAACUAAUGGAACGAUUGGUUAUUAAAUAUCUGCACGGACUGCACCUUGUUUUAAUGAUUUCAAACUGGGACUAUUUCCAGGUUAAGUUUCCUUACCUUAGUUUUAAUACACCUGAUUUAGAUCUGUGACAUUUAGAUCUGUGACAUUUAGAUCUGUGACAUUUAGAUAAGACAUGGCUA